AUGAGUAAAUAUUCACCUAUGAUAGACACAAGUAGAGAGAGAAAGUAGGCGGGUGCAAAAAAAUCUCUCGAAACUCGUCCCGUCGAAGCGAUCGCGGAAAAUUGGAGUUUCGAUUUCAGUUUUGAUUCUGGAGCGGUCGGUCGAUCGAUCGAUUGAUCACAGUUCAAUACUUCAUCAAUAAAGUGAACUCUUAUGCACCAUUUCAAUGAAGGCAGGAGCAUCUACUUUGAAUCCUUAUGCGGAAUCAUAUGUGCCACUAUCUAAAAGGAGGGGAGCUGAUGAAAGAAAUGAUUUUAAAUUUCCAGGAGUACAGGCAAAGAGGGGAAGUGAGUCUGCUGUAUUGGGACCUCGACAUUGGGAUCCUACAAUACUAGCUCCUCAAAUCUAUGACAGCCAUUAUAGUGAUGCUUUCUAUGCUGCUGAGAAUACCAAACUGAAAGGUUAUUCUAACCCUGGAUUUCAUGGUUCUUCAUCAUACAGUCCGGCUGAGACAGCAGAGAAGGCAACCUUCGAGGAGGAGUCUGACAUUGAUUUGGCGUAUCUUCAGAUGACAUUUCCUAGUGUAUCAGAAGAGUCUCUUGCUGACGCCUAUAAGGCGAACAAUUAUGACCUUGAUGCCACAAUUGACAUGUUGACCCACCUUGAGGCCUAUCCUGUUGAUUCUAAGCUUCCUGACACACUGGACAUUGGUGAUGUGCCAGAAUCUGGGGGUGCUGGGGAACUCCUGAAACUGAAGGAUGUGAACACUGAAGGUGGUGCUUCAUCAUCUGGUUUAUCAGGCAUGGCCCCUGCCGUUUAGUUGAAUCCACAGCUGCCCAGUUUCCAAUUUUUGGUUUGUCAGAGUGGAUUCAAAUCUGGUUUUGGGGAUGAACUUUUCUUAGAAGAAGUCAGGAUAACAAUAGUCUCUCUUUUGUUGUUGUAUAUAGUCGUCAGAUGCUUGUGCUCAGAUGUCUUAGAGUCCUGGGUUCAUUGUCUCUGUUUGAUAGGUCAACAGAAAGUGUGCUCUGUUGGUUGCGAGUUGCCAAUUUCAGCAAAAACGUUGGCCAUGGUAAAGAAUUGGGAAAUUUUCCAAAAGCAAACGGGUUAAAAUUGUUAAUAUCUUGGAUUUCUAAUGUGUAGUGGUC